AAAAUCGUUUACGAAAAAUUAUUCACUCUUAUAAAAUAUUCUUGUAGAAAGAGCGUUGUUAUUCAGAAUAUCUCAAAUAAUUUUUUAUAUAAUUAUUAUCUAAUAUUUACAUUUAUUGUUCAUAAUAUAAAAAAUUAUUAUAAUAAUUUUUUAUAGAUAAUAUAUUUUCAUUUUUGAGCAUAGCUUCAUAAAUUUAUAAUUCCAAAAUUAUAGAACACGAACGCAAAGAAAUAAAUAAUUUUGCACAUUUUAAUAUAAAAACUAUCGUUAUAACAAAGUACAGAAAAUACAUAAACAUAUUACAAUCAGAAGAGAACGCCUUUUUAGCAAAAAUGAGAAUAUUAUCAGCGGCUGUGUAUAUAUCGGGAACCCUGUGCAUUUUAUGCUCUAAUUUCUUAGUGGAUUUUGCUUCUGCUACGGAAGCUAUGCCCAAAUUUCCUCAGAACAAUCUUAAAGGUGGUUUAAAAGAUUCACCCUUGAAACAGCCCAAAAGUCCUUUAAUAAAUGGCCCCCCCAAACCAGUUAAUGACAAACUUAAGGAUGAUAGUAAUAAAACCGAGACGAAGGAUGCUAAAAACGGGUUAAAUAAACCACCAAAAAACAUCAAUGAUAAGGUUAAGGAUGGAGAAAAUAAAACCCCUUCACAAGAUCUAAAUGAACCUUCAUUUAAAUUGCCAAUGAGACAAAAAGAAUCCAGUUGGUAUACGUGGCUUAAGGGCACUAAGAAAGACUAUGAAACUUUAAAGUGUUUUGCCAAAGGUAAUUUAUACGACUGGCUUUGUAACGUAAGAGAAUCUUUCGAUUUGUACCUUCAAAGUUUGGAAAAAAAAUGGACAACUUGUUCAGAUAGUGCUACUACACUGUUCUUAUGUGAAUGUUUUGCAGAAUCAUCUGGAUGGAACGACUCUCAAUGGGGAAAUUGGAUGAACAAUCAAUUAAAGGAACAGUUGAAAACGGAAGCUGAGGCAUGGAUUUCUACAAAAAAAAAAGAUUUCGAUGGUUUAACAAGUAAAUAUUUUUCGUUAUGGAAAGAUCAUAGAAGGAAAGAGUUGGAUGCAGAUGAGUGGAAAAAUAAAGUAUCAUCUGGUGGUUUAUCAGAGUGGGAAGAACUGACAAAUAAGAUGAAUACACGCUACAGGAAUAAUUUGGAUAAUAUGUGGAGCCAUUUUAGUCGUGAUUUAUUUUUUAACUUUGAUGAAUGGGCUCCACAAGUGCUUGAAAAAUGGAUAGAAAAUAAGCAAUGGAAUCGAUGGGUCAAAAAAGUUAGAAAGUAAAAAUAAAAAAAAAAAUAAAGAAGGCUUACAAAAAUGUUAUGUCUUAAAAAAGGAAUUCUAAAAAAAUCUUCAAAUGAGUUCACCACAUAAUACGUGUGUAUAUAUUUUAUUAGAGAGAAUAAAUUUAGAGUAAACCUUAUAUAAGACGUAACAACAUGUACAAUUAGAGGUAUUUCGUGUAAAUUUAAUUUUUUUUCUUAUUCUCACCCAAUUAUUUAUUUUUUUUUUUUUAUGAGUGAUAUAUUUUUAAAUAAAACUGUUGUUCGUACGCUCUGUAAAUAAUAUAUUUUUUGUAAGAAACGCACAUUUUUGGAAUGUAAUUUAUAUGUAAUAAAUACAUGUACUUAAAUUUUUGUUAGUGUUUUCUAAUUACAAAUUAUUUUUUUAUUCAUAUAAAUUACAUCGAUACGUCUUCAUAAUUUCUGUUGUUCUCAAACAUUCAACUUAUUUGAGAGGUGCAAUAAAGAAAUUUAUUAUAUCUGAAACAUGAAGCAG